AUGAGCCAAGGCUCAAGCCCCUCUGGUGCUGCCAACAGUGCCGAACGAAAUUCACCGCCUCAUCAAGAAUCAUCACGUCCGGCACACCUAUUGGAUACUGACGGCCCAACAACGGCACAGGCUAGUGGAAUGACAGCCGAUAUCGAUCCCUUCCUGCUGUCAAUGUUUCAAUUCAACAGUGAAAGGAAGUUUGGAUUCAACAAGCUGACCACGCAGUCAGUUAGCCAAGAGAAAGUGCCGGUCCAUUUUAGCUUGGCUCAGCCAUCAGUUUUCCGGGACAGUCGAGAAGAAGUCGGUAUGGAUCUUGCUCUCGGAGAUUCGGCCCAACACACUUUGGAAUCUCUUUUCUCAAUCGAAACAGGCCAACGACUCCUGGCCCUAUACAAAGAGUACGUUGCACCACAGUAUCCAAUAUUUGCCCUGUCCAAUCCACUCGACACGAGAAAAUCUCCACCAUACCUCCUCGCAGCGGUAUAUUCCAUUGUACAGCCAUUUGUUCAACUCGACGAUAUACUAUUCAUUGAGCGUGCCUAUGACACACCUCCUUAUGCACAGCUAUCCAGGAUUGUUUGGAGAGAACUGUUUGCCGAACUACAUGCUCCUAGCAUUCCUGUCAUUCAAGCUCUGCUAUUGAUCGUGGUACGCCCACCGACGACCGACCAUCUGUCGGAGGCAGCCUGGAAAUGGAAUCUGUUCGGCACCUUGGUCGCCGCGGCACAGACGCUUGGACUGCACCAAAAUCCCAAGACAUGGCAUAUCCCAGGAUGGCAAAUCUCGCAAAGACGAAGAAUAUCCUGGACGCUUUAUGCAACUGAUAAAUGGCUUGCUUGUGCGUUUGGCAAGCCGCCACUACUGCAUCCGAACAAUUGGCUUGUCGAUUCUUUGUCCAACUGUGACAGUUUCGAUGCCGGAAUCAGCCCUGAAGAGUUGUCCUACCUCUUAUCAUUUUCCUGCCUGACAUCAAUCCUUUCCAAAAGUCUGCAAAAGCUCUUCUCCCUGCGGGCAUUGGGCUUGCUGAUAUCCGAACCUUCUGCGACAAGUGCAUUGGCACAGGAAGUUCUCACAGAACCCGUUGCCUGUCGAGCCCACCUGCCAUCUGCCCAGGAUGCUACAGGUCAGCGCAAGGAAACGCUGGCCUUGAAGACUGCCUGCGAACUGGGUUAUGCUUGUAUAAUGAUUCAGAUUUCCCGCGCCACCAUUCGUCCAUAUCUGACUGCGGCCGAAACCCAAGAGGACCAGAACGGGACCGCGGAUGAAUACAAACAUGCGCGAGUUCAGGCUCGGACAGCCGUCAGAGAAGCUGUCGAGUUUAUUGAAACUCUAGAUCUGGACCAUGCCAACAUCUUCUGUCCGAUCUGAAGUCAGCAUACCAUUUCCUCCAUCUAUCAUUUUCUGCUACUGAUGGUGCUCACAUCGAAGACGCCCGAGGAGUCGCUCGAGUGGGUUAACGACUUUCAGAGAGCCUAUCAGCAAUUGAGAUCCAAGUCAAGGCUGGUAAAACCACUCCGAUUUGCAUCAUUACGAAUCGGCUCCAUAUUUUGGAAGAGUAUUAGCAAAGUCUUCAGGGUAGAACCUCAUGUCCUUGAAGCAUUCCAAACGGCCAAAGUCAACCUCGGGUCUAUCCAGAAAUGACCACUACAAUUCAAGCUAUUAGGUGCGCCUUGUUCAAGAUGACUAGCCGCUGAGCUCCUUGGUAUAGCAGCAGAAGAAGCAAAUUGCCCACUGUUACU